CGACGAGAGAAGAGCGGGGCAGUGAGUGAGCUAGGCGCUGCAGGCAAGCACUUUCACAAGGUGAACAAUGACGCCGGACCCAGCUGCUGGAUAGUUCGCUGUCACAAUGUGGAACGGAGGAAAGGUCAACGUUUUCUCCUACGUGCCGACGGCAGCAUGUAGCAGUCUAACUAACUGGCCAUCCUCCCGUUAAGUCCAUUAACGCCAUCUCCGUAUUCUCCGGCAUGCAGACGGAGGCGGAUUGAAACCCAAAACGUUUGUUUUUUUGAACAUUAUUUUGGUUGCGAGGACGUCGGGCAGCUGUUGACGUCUAACCCCACAUGGGGAUUUGACACGGCAGAAAAGGUACAGUCCGCAUCACAGAGCGGCCCCCGCUGACUCACGAUGGUGGCGGAUUGCACAGCAGGAAGUGGAGACGGAUCAGAGGGGGAGAAGGAAAUGGACCAGAAGGCGCCUGCGUCUGACGACAUCGGAGGACAUGGAGAUAGAGACGUGGAGACGGUCGAGGGCCCGGCUCCUUCCGAAGGUCCCCCGGGGGAAGCGGCGGAGCCCAGAAAGUGGAAGGGGGCCGUAAUAUUCUUGUGUUUCUACGGGUUUAUGAUGGCGAUAAAGCCCGGGGAGCCCUUCAUUACACCGUAUCUUCUCAGCCCUGAGAAGAACUUAACCAGGCAACAGGUGACCAAUGAGAUCACUCCGGUGCUGACCUACUCCUACAUGGUGGUGCUGGUGCCGGCCUUCCUGCUGACGGACCUUCUGCGCUACAAGCCGGUCCUGAUCAUCCAGGGCGUCAGCCAGGUGGUCAUCUGGGUCAUUCUGCUGCUGGGCUCCAGCCUCCUGGAGAUGCAGUUCAUGGAGCUCUUCUACGGCAUCACCAUGGCCUGCCGCUUGGCCUACUCCUCCUACAUCUUCUCCCUGGUCACCCCGGCCCUCUACCAGCGCGUGGCCGGGUACUCGCGCACCGCGGUCCUCCUCGGGGUGUUCACCAGCUCGGUGCUGGGCCAGCUGUUCAUCUCCGUCGGCGAAGUCAGCUUCUACACGCUCAGCGCCAUAUCUCUGGGGUUCGUCAGCUUCGGGCUGACGCUGUCGUUGUGCCUGCCCUGGCCGAAACGCUCCCUGUUUUUUAACCGGACGCGGAAUCUGGAGCAAGUGGCCGCCAAGUCAGAACUGGAUCAAAUGAACCCGAAAGAGAGCGCCGUGACUCCGGCGGCCUCCGCAUCGGGCUGGAGGGACUCUGUCUUUGUGCAUAUGCUGCUGGAGGUGAGAAACGUGACGAGGAGGCCCAACCUGAGGCUCUGGUCCCUGUGGUGGGUGUUCAACUCCACAGGGUACUACCUGGUGCUGUUCUACGUCCACAUCCUGUGGAACACAGUCCAUCCGGUCACGGAGAACAAGAACGUUUACAACGGGGGAGUGGAGGCAGCUUCUACCCUGCUGAGUGCACUCACUUCCUUCAUCGCCGGCUACGUGAAAAUCCGGUGGAACGUGUGGUCCGAGCUGGUCAUCGGCGUCAUCACGGCGCUGCAGGCGGGUCUGCUGCUCCUCAUGGGCACCACGGACAACAUCUGGGUCUGCUACACGGCCUACGUCCUCUUCAGGGGCUUCUACCAGUUCCUGGUGCCGAUCGCCACUUUCCAGAUCGCCUCGUCGCUCACCAAGGAGCUGUGCGCCUUAGUGUUUGGCAUCAACACCUUUUUGGGGACCCUCCUGAAGACCAUCAUCAACCUGAUAUUUUCCGACAAGAGAGGUCUGGGGUUGGACGUGCACUCUCAGUUCUUGGUCUACUUCGUGUACUUCACCAUUCUCACGGUCGUCUACCUCGUCUGUGCUGCCGUGGUCAUCGUCCGUCACUAUAGGAACCAGCGAGAAGGGGGCGGGGACAGCGAACAGGUGGCGUCCACAGAGCUCAGCCCCGUGGCUGCAGAAUCAGAAGCUCUGUCCAACGGCAAAAGUGCCAAAGCGUAACGACAAGACGACGUCUCGCCUUAAACUGAUUCCUAUUGAUAUCUUAUCAAAUAAGCUCUUACUACAGUCAAUAAGUAGUUUCUAUGAGCUGCUGAGCCUUAAUCAGAAGUGCCUCCCUAAAGCUGCUGCACAGAAGAGUAAAUUCUUCUCUUUUUUUUAUUGAAUACAAAGCACUUAAUGGGGCCGUUUUUGUAUUUUGUACAGGAAACAAACUUAGUUGUGACAUCCUGAACUGUUUUCAGGUUUGAUUGGACCCUUUUUUUUUAUUUACAUUUUUUAUUCACACUCCUAUUGUGAAGUGACAGUGUUAUGUGUAAGUGUCCUUUAAAGAAAGCAUCUAUUCAUAUCGGUAUCCAGGUAUGAAGCACAAAGCACCCUUUCUGUAUUGAGAAAUCAAAUUCACAUCACAUUCUUAUAAUCUUAUGACAUUCACUUGUGUGAAGCUGGAAACUGCAGAUUGUACGCUGUACGUUACAUAAUGUGAUUUAUUUCCUUUAUUUAAGGCUCUUAAAUGUAGGAGCUGCAGUAUGCGAAUAUUUAGGUUUAUCCUUAUUUGACACUGCAGAUCGUGCUGCUUUGGUGAAAAAUCGCAUACAAAUAAUGUACACAUACUUGCAUAUAUAUAUAUAUAUAUAUAGCAGGAUGAAAAACAAAGCACCAGCUGGUAAUUCUAUUUUCAACUCUUUAUCUUCGGUUCAUUACCAGGAAGGCUGGAGGCCCCCCGUGUUGCUCAUAGGAUCUUUAAAUAAAUGAACAUAGGAAUGCACUGUUACUGCAUGCAACAGGAAAUAAAGUGCAAACGUUAAGUAGUUAUCGAAUAAUGUCCAUUUGCUUCCUUAAAAAGUAUUCGUAGCUGUUAAAUACUGAACCUCAUUUUACACUAGACACUGUCGUUUUUACAUUCAUAUUUCCUAAUGUUUAGAUGUUUCUUAUUUAAAUAAUUGCGGCGAUGUAAUGUAACUGUGAAUCUGUCCGAAUGCUGUAGAAAGACAAACCGACAUUAAUUACAUGUUUUUUUUAAAAUUCACAAAUAAAUAGAUUUUGCUGGAUGAAAAA